AAGGUUUUCUUCAAAUUCAGGAGGUGUCGUUUCCCUUCUCUGAAUCCGUUUUUCCUCCUUGUCGCAACUACUUAGUAUGCGUUUUAUGACUGGUACUCUCGUCCUUAUGAUGCAUUAGAUGUCUUGGAUGAGAUGAAAUGACAAAUGAAAGGAAGGAGAAUUGUAUCUGUUUGGUAAUCAUCACAUAGGAGUCGGAGACGCAGACGGAUAACGCACGAUGGGGGUAAAACAAGGGAACCCGGUUGAAAAUCUAAGCGGAUUUUUAUUUAGCAGCCACUGAAUAGAGAUUAGGGCGACAGCAGUGGAAGUUAAAUUGUGCUGCAUAUAAAAUGGGCGGGCUAGUCUUUGUGUUACGUUGGCACAGCCUAUUCUAAAAUUAAACAGGCUGCGCUUGGACAUGCCCUGUUGGCAAUACCUUCAUCUAGAGGCACGAUCGAUGGACAGGAACCUUUAGAUUAUAUAGAGUCCACAAUAUUAUUUUUUUAAUAUAUAUAUGUAUUUUUUCUUUUUAGUUAAGCAGAACAUUUCUGUUGCUGACAGACUGAGAGUUUAACUCACCACAGAACCACCAAUGAACAGUGAGAGAGACCUGCGCAUAUCGUCACCAGCCGCUUCUCCAGACUCGAGCUAAAAAAAAAAAAUCGCCAGAUCUCAGAUCACAGUGGAUUUUCUUCUCAUUCAGCCCGGCCAGAAAGGAUAUUCGCAAAAGUUUGAGGAUAUAGUGAGCGGAACCUAACAUACCCAUCUGCUAUGCAGCCCCACCAUAUGCAUGUGAUCUGGCUGUCUCACACCCCUCUGUCAUUAUGGAAAGCUGUCGUUUAGAUGUGAUCUCCCUUAUGUAAGAGGUCCUCAUAUUGCAACUAUGUGUGGACGGAGCAGGGUGGUGUGUCUGUAUCUGUGGGCUUACUUGUUUGCCACCAACAGCGUACUGGGUGGAAAAAGCUCUGGGCAGAACGGCAUGACAGAUGAGCAAAAGGAUAACACUACAGUGUUCACGAAGAUCUUGGACAGCCUUCUGGAUGGCUAUGACAAUCGCCUAAGGCCGGGACUGGGAGAGCGUGUAACUGAAGUCAAGACUGACAUUUUUGUGACUAGCAUCGGACCAGUGUCGGACCAUGACAUGGAGUACACCAUUGACGUCUUCUUCAGACAGAGUUGGAAGGAUGAAAGGUUAAAGUUCAAAGGCCCCAUGGCCGUGCUUCGUCUGAACAACUUGAUGGCCAGCAAGAUUUGGACUCCUGAUACGUUUUUCCACAAUGGCAAGAAGUCGGUGGCCCACAACAUGACCAUGCCCAACAAGCUGCUGCGGAUCACAGAGGAAGGCACGCUGCUGUACACCAUGAGGCUUACUGUAAGAGCAGAGUGCCCAAUGCAUUUAGAAGACUUUCCAAUGGAUGCCCAUGCUUGUCCACUGAAGUUUGGCAGCUAUGCCUACACCCGAGCAGAGGUGGUGUAUGUGUGGACUAGAGGGGCAGCUCAGUCCGUGGUGGUAGCAGAGGAUGGCUCCAGGUUGAACCAGUAUGACCUGAUGGGUCAGAGCGUAGAUUCUGGUGUGGUUCAGUCCAGCACGGGAGAGUAUGUGGUGAUGACAACCCACUUCCACCUGAAGAGGAAAAUUGGUUACUUUGUGAUCCAGACAUAUCUACCCUGCAUCAUGACAGUCAUCCUCUCCCAGGUGUCUUUCUGGCUCAACAGAGAGUCCGUCCCUGCCAGAACUGUCUUUGGUGUGACCACUGUCCUGACCAUGACCACUCUGAGUAUCAGCGCCAGGAACUCUCUGCCUAAAGUGGCCUACGCCACAGCUAUGGACUGGUUCAUCGCCGUUUGCUAUGCCUUUGUUUUCUCAGCACUCAUCGAGUUUGCCACAGUUAACUAUUUCACCAAGAGAGGUUAUGCUUGGGACGGAAAAAGCGUUGUGCCCGAGAAGCAAAAGAAAAAGAAGGAGUCUCUGCUAAAAAAGAACAACACCACAGCCUACCCGCCUGCAACAGCUACACCGUUCGCUCCCAACCCUGCCAGGAACCCAGGCUUGGCCACCAUUGCCAAAAGUGCCCCUCCACCCCCAGAUGAGCCCAAGGAGGAGCCAAAACCCAAACCCCCAGAGGCCAAGAAGACCUUUAACAGUGUGAGCAAGAUUGACAGGAUUGCCAGAAUAGCCUUCCCUCUGCUUUUUGGAACCUUCAACUUGGUCUACUGGGCAACCUACUUGAAUAAGAAGCCCAAAUUGCAGGGGAUGAAUCCAACCUAAUCCAUGUUUCCUCCCUUUUCAAUUCCAUCUUAUUUCUUAUUCUUCUUACAAAAUGUCUUUUUUUUUCUUAUUCUCUUUUUUUUGUUUGUUUUUAAUGAUAAAUAUCGUGUCAAUGCUGGUUUGAAUUCCCAUUUCUGAAAUUGCUUCUGUGUUUAUCUACAUUUUGAUGGUUUGAAAAAAAAAAGAAAAAAAAAAAAGAACAAUACAGAAAAAAGAACAAAGAUAACAAAAAGUAUAAAUGUCUGAAAGGGGUUUGUCAGGUCUAAGAUGAUGCCAUACAAUGCCACCAUAAAUAUCUAGCCAAGAGAAUGCUAUUCUAAACUGCACAUAGCCCAAACAGGUGGAGGGGCGGGGUAUUUCUGGGUUUGUUUUUUAUUUAAUUUUCUUUUUUUUAUGUGGAAUCACUGGCACGUUGAAAGGCACUUCUGUACAUGCAUGGGCAGGGCAUCUUGUUUGUUCAUAUUUAUUUAUUUAUCUAAGUACAAUGGACUGCUGGCUUUAUUUCUUUGGGAUCAGCAGUGCUCAGUCAUUUCAAGACCUCUUCCAUCCUCUGUAGAUGUUUUAUGAAGCUAUCUCAUACUUCAAGUUGUUUUAUAGUUUCUGCAAUAGCAAUAAAACAUGUCUCCGUGGACACUGUUUA